UCGAUAAUGUUCAAUCGUCUGCUCGGUUGGCCAUUUAAUGAAAUCGAGCAGGCGAAAUUCUAUAUCGAAGAGGACGAAGCAAUCACCGACAAAGUCGACAAAGGAUACCCGAAGAUUCUGAACAAUUGGCUGAAAAAACUCCUGGAAGAGACACAGGACAGCACGGUGUCUGCUACAGAAAAUUUAAUCAAAUCAACUCAAAUACAAAUUACCUCUGAGAUAGCCGACUCCGGGUUCUUCGAAAACAUGCAUCAGGCUAACCAGGAGGAGCUCUCAGGAAAAAUUGUAACGGAAGGAUCGACCUCCAUACCGACGAAUUUAUUACAAAAUAAAACGACAAUGUUGGGACUGGACAAAAUUCCGAUAGACCAGGUCCAGAUGAGCUACGAGGAAAUAACAACUCUAUACAAUGACGAUGAGUAUGAAGAUGAUGGAAUCGCUUCUACUAUGAUUAGUGGCACCACCGAAGUAGUAACUGAUACAACCUACCACGAUUUAAUUUUAAAACACACCAUGGAAGACACGCUGUUUAAUAAUUGUUGUAAGCUUCUUAUUAUAUUGGUUGUUAUUUUGAUUGUGUUAUUGGUCACAGCUGGAGUGUUUCUGUUUUACAAGAAAAUUAAAGAUGGUAAAGAAAGAUUCAGUACAUCAGGUUUCCAAAAUGAGGGAAAACAAAACCAAAAAAGCAAAUGAAAAUAAGAACAAUACGGUUUAUAUUUAAAUAAACAGCAUGUU